AGAGGUGGUGGGGGUGGGUGGGUGGCAAAAAGGGGUUGAGAAAAAUAGGUAUUUCUGGGGCAUUUUGGGUGGAAAAGAUGCUGAUUUAAGAUCAUAGGGAACAUGUGGUUCGUGUACCCAAAAAAAGAACUGACGCCCAGGCUCAGAGGUUAAGGGUUGUAGGGGAUUUCAGAGGCUGAGGGUGAGGGUGGGGUGUUAUGGACCGCAAAGCGUCCAGCAAACGUGCGGUCAAGUCAUCCGCAAAUCCCAACCCCGCAGCCGGCGGUGCGGCAGACAAGAAGAAGAGGAAGAAGAAGAAAGAGAAGAAAACUUUGGGCACCGCCCGCAAAAAGAGAGGUAAUUCUUCCAGCACGCCAUCAACGUCCGACGAGACGAGUUUAGAUAAACACCAUGGCAAAAUCAACAAACAUCAUUCUCAUUCUGCUUUACUGCCCAAUGAAACACGCCAAGGAAAUACUAAGCAAUGUUUAAAGGCUACAGAUACCAGCAGUAAAGUUGGUGGAGACGAGGCGCAAGUGAUUUCUUCCUCCUCUUCUGUAGACCAGCUUGCAAGCUCCUUGAACGAAAGUCUACGUUGGGAUGGGAUUCUUGAAGACCCCGUGGCAGAACAAGAGAGAAUUAGGAUUUACAAACAAAAUCGGCAAAUGAGGUACCUGGCUGUCCAGAAGAGCUUGCAGAAGGACAUCCAACUCCAAGAAGGAGAUCUCCCCAAUAUUCAGCCCCACAAAGCAAACCCAUAUAUCAUCAGCAGCAAAAAAUACCGGCUUCUAGCCACAAAGGAACAACCCAAAUCCUUUUUUUGGGGGAGCAAUCAGCCAGAAGUCCAGAAAUCACAGCUGGCUAUUUAGACUGUUCGAGGCCAGUAUCAAAGAACAUCAGAUAUUCCAUGGAUUAGCUACAGAUCCAUACAUUGAGUUGUUCAAAUGGCCUUUUUUUUAUUAUGUCAAGUGCUGUAACAGAAAAUAUUGCAUCGAACCAAGCAGAAUACAAGAAGCUCAUCUGGUUUCAUCUCCUCUCAUCUUUUAUAUCUUAAAAGCAUUGAGCUAAGCUCUUUUCAACACAUUUGAGUCAACCUAGCCUUAUACCAGCUGGUUCUAUCUCAUUAGUCUCACCUAAUUGUAAACCUACUAAUGGAAUGAAAAGGAAUCCGUUUAUUUCAUUUGAUGGAAGAAGUAAUGGCUAUCCUUGUACCUAAAAUUGACACUGUUGUUUACGUGAUCUUGCCAGCAAAAGGGGAAAACUGGUGUUCAGACAUGGAAGUUCUCGGGUCUUUAAGACCAGAAAUAAUUACAAUUGUUGAUCCUCUAGUUUGAUUUUCCUGAGCUCUAUUUACACCCCCCCACCCCACUUCACCCCAAGUUACUGAAAAAGAGUGAUGUUUUCAUAUUGAUUUCUAUUAACCCCGUUUACAGCAAUGGUUUGAAUUAUUUGAGAGUAGUAGAAACCUUUAAUCAGCUUAUUGUUUGAGCAACAUUCUGUGUUAAAUCCUAUACAGAUUCUUUAAAGGAUUGAGAUGUUUUGUGGGAAGCAUAGGUUCAAAAACCUGCUAACUAUAAUAGGCAAAACGUUAAUCCAAAUCUCUGCUAGAGCUCAAUAAUAGCCCAUAUUUUCUAGAAUAUCAUGGGUGGACAACUUGACCAACAGAACAAUUGUUUUUUUUUCUUGCUUUUAUCCCUUUCUUUAUUCAGCUCAGUUCACUCAAUAUCUUAUUCUGCCUCCCUAUCAGAAAUUAUGCAUCCGUGUGCCUGGCAGCCUAUUCCCCAUGCAUCCUACUUUCUGAUAUCAGUAGUAGUGCUCAGCUUUGCUCUCCUUCUUUGUCAGAGUGAGGAAUAACAAAGAAUAUAGGUAGGAUCCAACAUAUUCCAACUUGCAAAGAGCAAUUGAAGGUGCUCCAUAGUUGAGAGUAUCUUGCAACAGCCAUUGUGCAAUGGGACAGAUCAACAGAUGGAGGUACACAGACUUGUAGAACUGUGAGUCAGUUUAGCAUCAGUCCAGGUUUGUGGGGGAGUCACGAAUCAGACACAGCCACAAUUGGUACAACCUUUGGAAAUCAAAUCCAUCAUAGUUGUGAGAUAAAUCUCCCCUUUUUGACCAAUGUGAGGAAGCCACAUGAAAUGAAUUGAUAUCUCAAUCUAGUUUCUUGCAAAAAAAAAGGUAGAGAUGUCAGAACAAAUUUACCUCUAGCAGAGGUUUUAGCAGACCCUCAUUUUAGGUUACGUGGGAACUUUCAUAUGCAAAUCGACGGCAGGCAUGAAUUCCAUCAUCGAUUGUCUUCAUCCAAAUAACCCAAAUAGCCACAACUCACGUCUCAGUCCUCAGCUGUCACUGUUAUUUAACAACUACCUCUUCACAGCCUGUUUUAAAAGAAUUAGGUUGCCCACCCUGUCAGUCCUUGGUGUAGGGUGACCCAAUUGGGGAAAAAGAAACUGCGAUAAUAAACAAUAAAAUGCUCUAUAUUUUCAUUCCAAGUUUUGCUUUGUGCCAAAAAGGCAAACUCAUGGCGCAGAAUCAAUUUAUUAAAAUAUGAUAAGAUUAAGCAAGGUUAAUUCUUGAUUAUGAAGACUUCAAUCUACGACUCUAGGUGUAAACAGGAAAAGAUAUACCCAUUGUAUCUGAUUGUAAUUGUAACAACAUUUUCAUAUUACAUUAGUCAUUGAAACCUAGACUGAAAAGAGCAGAGAUUCUAGGGCAGGGUGAUAUGCUACACUUUUAUGAGGAUCUUUUCAAAUCCAUUCAAUCCCCUUCACUGGAAUGUCUCAUUUCUAUACUUGACCAAAACUUUGAAACUAGUUCCUUCCAGAUAAUCUCAUUCCUGUGUGUUCCAUGCUAUGAAUUAGCACAUUUUAAAUCUAUGCAAGUAUCUUUUUGGAGGCUUUCUCAUCCAAAUCCUCAAUGCCAGUUAGAGAAAGCUCGCUAUGCAAUAUAGUGUGUGAGUUGUAGUCGUACAACUCAAACGCAGAGCCACAGUUAUACGAUGAACGCUUAACAUUGAAGUCCUUUUCUGGUGUAUGUGUGUGUUUUGUAUUCUUUCCUUAAAAANGUUGAGUUCUGUAGAAAUCUGUUACGGGAAGCUGAGAAUACGCAUUCUUUUCACAAGAGUACAUAGAGGAUUCUUUGCCUACUUCAAAACCAAACGGGUAAUAAAACUCCAGAUAGGCUGGAGAGAGCACUAAUGUAAUGGAAGUGUAUGUUGGCCACUUGAAGCCUCACCCUCAAAAGACUCUUGUUAAAAAUCAUGUAAUUUGCAGAAUCCCUUAGUUGUAAAGCAGUUUCAAUUUUAAAAGAUUCUAUGGGUGCAAUGCUCAUUUACAAAUGAAAAAUGUGGAUUUUAUUUGUGGUACUCCAUCAAUUCUACUCAGGAACAGAGCUGUUUGUGUUUACUCUACUGCUGUACCCAGAAUUAUUAAAACAUUUUGAUUGAA